AUGUCAAUCCAAUACAACGAAACCUUCUGGUAUUUUGAUCCUGAGCUGGAGCCAUUUAGUCAUCCCCACUGGAAAAAUUUCCCCCCAACCAGCCCACUCUACCAUUAUCUCGUUGGAAUAUUUAUUGCGGUUAUAGGGAUUUUUGGGUUAUUGGGAAAUAUGCUCGUCAUUUAUGUCUUUUUAUCCACUAAAUCUCUGCGAACCCCGACCAACAUGUUAAUUAUCAAUUUGGCUGUUUCCGACAUGUCAUUUGCCGCAAUAAAUGGCUUUCCGCUGAAGACGAUCGCGUCCUUUAAUAUGCGUUGGGGCUGGGGCAAGCUUGCCUGUGAGCUUUACGGUUUCGCAGGUGGAGUGCUCGGCUUCAAUUCCAUUUUCAGCCUGGCCUUUAUCUCGGUCGACCGUUUCUUCGUGAUUGCUCAACCUUUUCAGACCCUUAAAACCCUCACCUAUGCGCGAGCAAUAGGAAUGAUAAUCGCCUCGUGGCUUUGGUCAUUAAUGUUGUCGGUGCCGCCAUUUUUCGGCUUCGGUAACUAG